UUUCAAGCACUAAUAUUUUCAAUAUGUCGACGGAUUCACACCAUGAGAGUGAGGAUCUUCAUUACUCAGAGAAAGCAAGUACCGCGGAACAACUGAAGCAUGCUACCAGGACCUGUGAGUUAAUAUGUCCUUCUAGUCUCUGAAACCUUCUUGAGUAGUCUUUUAACUCGCGAUUCAUAGAUACUUACAAGAGCUGCCACCGUGGUGAUAAAGACGAUGAAAUUUACUGGGACCAGGAACGCAAAAUUAGCAUUCGAGUUCGAAAUGUCUCCUGGCGCCCAGUUAGAGCGUCUUUAGUUAGAGAGUUGAUUGGGGAUGUAUUUGAUAAAGAUAAAGCACGGUGGAAAGCUGGCGAGGAAAAAAUAUUUAGCCAUAAUGACUAGAGUUAUAGUAUUAGAUGGGCAGUGGACUAGAGAGAUGGCAUGGCACAAGUCUAUACAUACGAUAUUUGUAAGUACAAUAGAAGCGGGGAAGUUUUAUAAUACUUUAUUAAUAUUUUUUUUAGAUGGACUUGACAAAGAAUCAACUGAGAGGCAUGAACAUCCACAAGGAAUAUGGGUGCAAUGUAAGCUGUCAUUAUCUCCUGCAACAUACGAGAUUAACUGGGCUGAUUAUAUACCUCAAAAUUACAGAUCAUACCCUGCUGGGCUCAAGGUAUGUUUUUAAUGCUACAAGUAAUCCAAAUGCUUGGAAACCCAUCUCAAAUGAAGCUAAGAGGCUUUUUGUACACUCCAGACCUGAUCCAACGGGUAUGCAGGGGGACUGGACAUAUUUCUCUUACAAUGAAGGGAAUGAAAGGAAAUACCAGCUUGAAGAACGUAAAGAUUUAAAUUCUUGGACUAAGCCUGAAAUUCAUCGGACUUGGCUAGCUAGAGCUAAAACAGAGAUAAUCGAGAGUGGUGAUAUUUUACCAUGUGAGUUACUACAUACUGCUACUGGCUGCAUAGUCGGGAGCGGACCCGAUUUGGUCUAAUGCAAAUUAUCAGAUAAUUUCAGAGACUACGAUUUACAAGUUCUCAAUGACUGCAAAGAAAGAUUGAAUGUGGCAACCUUAGAUAAGCUAGUUCGUAACACUGUUUCAAAAGAGAUCAGAACUGAUCCUUAUGCAAAAGCUGUAAGUACGAUUGGUAACCCCUUAAGAUGGGAUCUGAGUCUCAAUGCCUAAUCAUGCGUCUCAUUUACAGAAAAUGUUCAUUUCAUUUCCAGAAAAGGUAUCUCCCCUCAAAUGCUAGCAGGCGAACCUUUUAGUGGAUUCAUUGGCGAAUGACGGUGGAGAGAGUACCAAGAAUAGAAAAGCCGACGUUGUUAUUUCAAGAUAUCAUCCUAGUGAUUUGGAAAGACCAUGUGAGUAUAACUCACAUCCUCAGCACCAUUCGCUUUCCGAUAUAGCAUGAGCAAUCACUGAUACAUAGGUUAGACCAUACGAACAGCAACAAGAAAAUUUAGAUUACGAAUGCUACCAAUAACCAAAGUUACAGAACCGUACGUAAGCUACUUGAAAGUACUAGUCAGUUCGAGGUAGCCGCAAAAGAUGAAAGUCGCUGGGUACUUGACCGUCGCGAGGAGGAGGGUCGCGAAAAGGGUCGACUUACUCUAAAGAAAUUAGCAAAAGCAAGUCAAAGGAGAAGGAACAAUCGCACUACAAAAGAAGAGAAAGUGAUAACGGCAAUAAAAGCUCAAGUAGCACUUACAGCGACAGUAUUUGGGAACGAAAGAAGGUUCGAUCAAGGAAAUCACUUCCCAGUCCUUCAACAGGCUAUACACAUACUCCGGUCGGAAGCUAUACUUCAAAUCUCAUUUGGAGCGGUAGACCAGAAGAUUUGCGAGGAAAUGGGAAGCAGGUAUUCAUAAAAAGAAUCGUGAUUGCUGUUGUAGGUGUCACUCCGCAUUUGUAUAACGGAAAUGUUAUUAACAAAAAUAUGGACAGACUAUGGUUAUCUCCAAGAGAACAAAACAGGACAAAAUCUAUGGUGGGGUGAAAUAGCCGAUACUUUACUAUCGAAAAACCUCAUUAUACCUAAAGGCAAGAAAAAGCAGGAGAAAGGUAGCCUCAUUAAAUAUAAAGGGAAUCUAAUGACAGAGCUCGACCAUCAAUCUACAAGCCACAGGGUGAUGCGAUUAUCCAAUCUUGGUGCAGCAUCUAGUGGAGAACCAAAAAAUGACAUUCAUGAAAGACAUAAGGUUAAAGUUUGUAAGUAUUUCAAGAUCUCAACUCUCAUUUGGGAUUUUCGUAAAGCUGCUAACAAUCACAGGAUACAAUUUCCGAGAAAGAUAACCUUAAGGAGCCUAAAAGAGAUACCUCACUAUCCAUUCGAGACCGACUUAAAGGUAACAUCUCAUGGAACAAUACCCGGAAAGAAAUUCAGCGAAACCGAGUUCUAUUAGGGAGGCAAUAUAAUGUCAUUCAUCGAAUAAAUCAGGGCACUAUAUACCAAAUCGUAUUGAGAAAUAAUAAAACAUAUCUCAUCGAUCCGACUGAUCAAAAUAAUACUAUACUUAUUCAUGUGGAAGUGCACCAAAGAUCUUCUAUUCCCACUUUUCCUCAAAUUCGACAUCGUUCGACUUCUUCAAGUCAUCGUUCGGGGACUGAUACAUUUAAUAGUUCCUCGGAUGAUUUACAACGAGAAAAUAGGAAAUCCAAGACUCACCUACCCAUCGAGUACUACCAACCGUCUAGCUACAGACGCCCUACUACUAUCAGCAGCGGUAGCAGCAGCACUACCUCAGAACGAGAAAACCUCACCCUUACACACACACACACACACACACACACACCCGCACUCAAACCCGCACUUUUCAUCCCCAAAAUAUACCCCGUUCCGAGCACCAACGAAAUCCACGACAUCUCCCCGAUUACAACCACAUUACGCAUCGCUCCUCUUCCUCAUCAAUCAGCAAUACCAAAAACUCACAAAAAGGAAACCCCCGAACCCCUCAAAGGACUAAGAUUACAAUUACACCAAAUAUCCAAUUACCAAAAAUUUAAAAAUGCUGCAACACAGUGGCUUAAAUUAUAAUAUAGAGAGGAGAGAUAUAGAGAGCGGAAAGCGAGGGAUGAGGAGAGGUGGGUUAAUAGGG